AUGAAGAACGACCGUCCCAUGUUUAGGGGUCAGCACAGGCAGGCCCUAGCCCGGAGGUGGCAGGGCUCACCUCGCGCUGAAACCCCAACAAUAAUAACUAUCCCCGCAGAGACCCCCUCGUCUCUUCCCUCUCCUCUUGCUCAGUCUUCUGAAUCUUGGCAGUCCCAAAAAGACAAUCACCCUGCAUCGGAGUCGGCAACUGACACUUCACCAACAUCGGAGCCGCAGGUUCCCAACACAUCAUCUGCCACCUCUCCCGCAGUCGAAUCCUCAAUGUCUGAGCAGAGCGCUGCGCCGUCUUUUACCCCGACUCCCGCAGAGAGCAACUCCGCCAUGUCUGAACCGAUCCAGGAGAGCGCCAUUCCGACUCCCAGCCCUACCCCGGACGCCUCCCAGGCCCCUUCUCCCACGCCCCUACCGACGGAAUCGUCUGCUGACGCUCAACCUCAACCAACAGUAGAGCAGAGCCUUUCCCAGGCAUCGCCGACGGAGGCACCGACGACGAGCUCUGGCUUUUCCGAAUUCUUCUCCGAUCCUAACGAGGAGUCCUCAGCACCACCGUCGCAAGUCGAGGAGAGCUCUACGCCUCCAUCGGCGUCGCCGUCGUCAGCCGGUGAGACCGAGCCGACGCAUUCCAGCGAAGCGCCUCAGCCCACGUCUGAACCCUCUUCCGAUAAGCCGAUUGACCAACCCACUGACAUUACUGUCUCGGCGUCAUUGCCGUCUCCGACACCUUCAAAGGGAGAGGACAACUGGACGCCACAACCCUCCCCGACGAGGGAGGAGGAGAAGCCGUCACCGACGCCAACACAACAACCGAUAGCAGCGUCUUCUAGUUCUUCCACUUUGGGAAGCUGGGAUGACAACAGCACGGACCAGGAGCAGCAGCAGCAGCCCUCGCAAACAUACCAGUCAACGUCCGAGUACUGGGUCGCCAAUGCCGUAGAAAGCGAGGUGGUCAGCACCUCUGCAGUACCCCUGACGACCUCUAGCGUCUACAAGGCGGCAGGUGGCGAAACACGUACAUCAACUUGGGUGUAUUCGACAACGUAUUCCACGGUCCGAUCCCCGGACCGCACCAUUACCGCAAGUGGCAAAGUUGGUACCAAGGUCACCGUUGUGGCGGGUUCAUCGACCGCCACAACCCUCACGGCUACGAAUGAGGCCAACCCGACGUCCGAGGCUUCCAACUCGUCUGACGGGUCUCUCUCGAAGGGAGGUAUUGCUGGUGUUGUCGUUGGUUGUCUCGCUGCUGUUGCGGCGAUCCUUCUGCUAUUGUUCCUCUUCUGCAAACGCCGACGUUCCGGAGCUCUAAAACUCCGCGACGAGGACCAAUACGGUAUCAGUCCGCGGUCCGGCCUCAAGCGCAACGGAACGCAACAUUCUGCCCUCGACUUUUCCGACGGACCGCUGCACGGAUCGCGGCAGCCGACCUGCCUGGAGCCCGUCCCGGAGAUGCCGGAAGCGUCGUUCCAGCGUGUGUCAAAGGAUGGCGAGUGGGAAUACGCCUCGGACGACGCACAGCGGUCCCCAAUGCAGAACGCAGACAGCGAGCGCUUCACGCACUACGACGACUGGUUAGCGUACGAGUACGCCAACAGCCCCUUCAGCGAGAAGCACGCCAUCCCCGAGCCCCCCUCGGCAUCCAUAACACACGGAAGUGGGGGUGACGACAAUGUCUCCGUCACGAUCAAGUCACCCAAGAACACGACCAACUCGAUGUACGGCAUCCCGUUCGACGCAUACGGCAAUGCGUACGCGAAUCCGGCCAAGUUUGUGCCGAAACUCCACGCCGGGCCCAGUAUACAGAGCCUCCACUCCGUGAGCACGGUCGAGCAGUCGCACAUGGGCUUUUCGGGCGAGAUUUGCUCCACGGACGACUCGUCCUCGAUGGGGCACGGGUCCAUGAGCCACGCCACGAGUACGAGCAUCAGUCAGGGACAUACCUCGCUCCGAGGACAGGCGGGACAUUUGCACAGCGCGAGUGGAACGUUUGGCAUAGCCCGGUGA